AAUGGGUUGGAGAGGGAUGCUGGUGAGGAAUGAGCUUCAUGGAUCAGGUGGACUAUGCUGGCAUCUCCUCCCUGGAGGGCAGAUGAGAGGGCAGAGGAGGUUAGAAGCUGGCUAAAUGGACAUGAAAAGAGAGAGUAGAGGGAGAGAGCAGGCUGUCUUAUCAGGGGGAGAGCAAUUGGGAGUAUGUAGCAAGGUGUAUAUAAGUUUUUGUGUGAGAGACUGACUUGAUUUGUAAACUUUCACUUAAAGCACAAUAAAAAUUAAAAAAAAAAAACAAACUUGUAGGCAAAUGUUCACAGCAGCAUUAUUGAUAAUAGCCAAAAAGUAGAAACAACCUAAAUAUCCAUCAACUGAUAGAUAGACAAGUAAAAUGUGGUGGGGUCAGUUCCUGGAGAAGGAGAUAAUGCUUGGUAAAGUAGAGGGUCAACGAAAAAGCGGAAGACCUUCAACGAGAUGGACUGACAUAGUGACUACAAUGGGCUUAAAAAUGGCAACAAUUGUGAGGAUGGCGCAGAGCCAGGCAAUGUUUCGUUCUGUUGUACAUAGGGUCUCUACGAGUCGGAACCAACUCGAUGGCACCUAACAACAUAUCCAUACAAUGGAAUAUUAUUCAGCCACACAAAGGAAAUGAAGUAUCGUAUCGAUACAUGCUAUAAACAUGGAUGAACCUCGAAAACAUUAUGGUGAAUGGAAGAAGCCAUCCACAAAAGGCCAUAUAUUGUAUUUUUCUAUUUAUAUGAAAAGUCAAAAAACGCGAAUCCAUAGAGACAGAAAGUAGAUCAGCAGUUGCCUAAGGCUAGAUGAUGAGUUCCUGCAUGGUAAAAAUUUUUAAGUGCUCGGCUAGUAACCAAAAGGUUGAUGGUUUGAGUCCACCCAGAGGCAGCUUGGAAGAAAGGCCUGAUGAUCUACUUCCAAAGAUCAUAGCCACUGAAAACCCUGUGGAGUGCAAGUCUACCGUGAAACACAUAGGGUAGCCAUUAGUCAUUUACCUAAUUUAUGUUCUUGGGACUGAAGGUUUGAGACAGGAAACAAAGCAAAAAUUAUUUCCUCAUCCUCUCUGACCAUACCUUUCAUGCGUUCUUCCUGGUUUUUUCAUAUUACUUGGACAAACACACUUGACCACACCUCCUGAUAUUUCCCAAUAUUUGCAUGAGUGAAGAGGCUGAGGCAACCUGAAGGAGCUUACAUUACUCUCUGCCCAAUAAAUAGCCAGGCAAGUCAUCACCAUUCCAGCACACUGUUGGGGAGAUGAGACAAUUAUUACAGCUGCCCCUAGUGGGGCUGCUAUUAUUUUUCCUUACUCCAAGUCAACAAUCCAAGAUCUGUGUGGUAGAUAAAAAAGACGAAUCCUGUCUAAACCCUCUGUUGAGCACAAUGAACAAUUCAAAAUAUACCAAUGAAGUCCAAGCUGCCCAUGUUCUGCUGUCUCUGAGACUUGUUAGGAUCAAGAACCAAAACCUAGAGCAAAGACUGAUGGAAAUAGUCAAAAACACUACGUCAAGGAAAGGGUCAGAUUUAAGUUCUGGACAGCUUGCCUGGACUAUAAUGGCUUUGGGAGCAUGCCAUAACCCUAAUGAAAACUUUUCUAAUGAUUUUCAACUGGUCCACCUUCUAGAAAAGAAAUUCCAAGAAGAAAUUAAAAAUAUGGGAGCACACAAUGGCAAUUCACUAACUAACUACUACCAGCUCAGCCAGGGCCUUUUGGCCUUGUGUCUGUUCAGUGGAAACUACUCGGUCACUGAAAUUGCCGAACUCUUCACUCCUGAAAAUGAAAACUAUUAUUUUAGUGGCCAGUUCUCAGUAGAUACUGGUGCAAUGGCUGUUGUAGCUCUGACCUGUGUGAAGAGGAGUAUAGAAAAACAAAAGAUUGAAGCAGAUACAACGAUUUCAGUGACUAUUGAUAAUCAUAUAAAGUCACUGAUAAAAAAAAUUCUGUCUGAAAAAAAAGAAAACGGUCUCAUCAGAAACAUAUAUAGUACAGGAGAAGCUAUGCAAGCCCUCUUUGUCUCAAAAAAUAAUUACGAACAAAGUGAAUGGAAUUGCAAACAGACUCUGGACACAGUGCUCAAGGAAAUUUCUCAGGGAGCAUUCAGUACUCCAACUGCGGCAGCCCAGAUCUUACCUGCCCUGAUGGGAAAGACCUAUCUGUAUGUUAACAAAGACUCUCCUUGUGUCUCUGGUUCAGGUAUAAAUUUCAAUGUCUCUGCUCCUGUGCCUGGAUCUGUAACACCUGAGAACUCACCCUCAGCUAUCACAGUCCGUUACUCUGUGCAAAUCAAUGAAACAUAUUCCACCAAUGUCACCGUGCCAAAUGGAUCUGUCUUCCUAGAUGUGAUGAAGGAAGCUCAGAAACAAAACAAGACUGUAUUUGACUUCACAGUAGAGGAGACUUCAUGGGGCCCAUACGUCACCUGCGUUCAGGGCCUAAGUGCCAACAAUAAUGACAGAACCUACUGGGAAAUUCUGAGUGGACCCAAACCACUGAGCCAAGGAGUUGGUAGUUAUGUUGUCCAUGAUGGAGAAUCUUUGAUGAUUCGUUGGAGCAAAUACUAAUAAAUCCAAACCUUCCUCGGAUGGAUAUAAUCCAUUUGCAGUGGAAAUUAGCUUCAUGCCUUCCUCUUCAUCUCAAUCCCAAUAGAACAGUCAAUAACCUCCGCUUCUCCCCCUCUGCCUCUUCAAUAAAAAAAACCAAUAACUGUACAAAAAGAGCAUGUUCUAACCUGUUCAUCUGAAAAAGUGAUUAUUAUAAGCAGGAAGGUCACUUGAAGAGAAGUAAAGGAAAAGAGACUGAACCACAUGUCUAAUAAACUGGGUUUUACUUAAGGUUUCCUACACUAACUAGCUAGGUAACCCUGGACAACUUGGAAAAUGGAAAUAAGG